AUGGGUAUUUUGGAGACAAAGCUUGGAGAUCGAAAGUUGAACCGAGUUAUGCGAAAUAAAUUCGAUGUGUUUAUGCAAGUCAACAAUUUUUGUACUCAUAGAGUCAGCCGAAUCUUGGUUUUAUGGAGUCCAUCCAAAGUCAAGUUGGAAGUUUUGGAGAUGACCCCACAAAUUAUCCAUUGUAUUGCUACUUACAAGGUAACAUCUUAUACCUUUCUUGUUAGUUUUGUUUAUGAUUUUCAUACAAUUGUUAGCCGGAGGCCACUUUGGAACAACAUCAUGGACCUUCGUGCAAAUGUUUCAUUGCCUUGGAUGAUUCUUGGUGAUUUCAACAAUGUGCCAAAAUUUGAUGAGAAAAGCAAUGGGGCGGAAGUAACUCCUUAUGAAAUUAAAGAUUUUGCUAAUUAUUGCCUUCAUGUUGAUCUUACGGAUGUGCAUUCCAUUGGUUGUCUUUACACGUGGACUAAUAAUUCGACUUGCAGCAAAAUUGAUAGGGCCACGGUGAAUGAUAUUUGGGUGCAAAAUGGUGCAUAUGUCUUUGCUGAUUUUUUGCUUUUCGGGUGCCUUUCUGACCAUUCUUCAUGCAUCGUGCCUAUUCAUGAUCGUAUGGUGAAUACUAGAAAAUCAUUUAAAUUCUUUAACAUGUGGACAAAGCACGAGGAUUUCCAUGAUAUUGUUCGAGCUAGCUGGAAUUUUAAUGUGUUGGGAGCAAAGCAAUUUAUUCUUUGUAAGAAGUUGUGCAAAUUAAAAGGAGCAUUGAAGGAGCUUAAUGUUAAGCACUUUGGGCACAUUUCUACUCGGGCAAAUGAGGCUAAAAGUGAAUUGGAGGCUACCCAACUUAUACUUCAUGAUCAACCUAAGAUUGAGCAUUAUCAACUUAUGGUGGCAAGAUUGCGAAAGAAAGCAGUGGGCUUAUAUGAAGCCGAACGAAGCUUUUAUUAUCAACAAGCUAAGUGA